GCUUGGCUGAUGCUUAGUUCUAACAGGUAGUGGUGUGAGCAAGAUCACCAGGGAGCGAGGAGAAUCUCCCGUGUCAGAUGAGCAUUCGCGCCGCAACGCAGCGCCUCGCAACCGCCAGCGGCUUAUCUUGCUCUCGUCGUCUCCUAUCUUCCAACGCGCGUCGAAUCGCCCUGUCCCGUCACCGCCAGACGAGUCACGUACCACUAAGUGAACGAGUAGUUGGUGUCCACCAACGGCCGCGUGAAGGCCCGGUGAUCCGUCUCUUUACUAAAAUUCGAUCCAAAUCCCACACCUCCCAAAUCGAUUCCAGCGCAUCAAACGGUCCCCCGUCGUUUGCCCCGAUGGUUCUCCCCAAGCCUCUGGGUCCCUUCCACGUGUCGUACGGGGAUUUUGAGCUGCGGGGAAGCCGCGAUGCCGGCGAGUCGGAGUCACGCGCAGGCGGCGAUCACGGUCACGUGCAUCCGCCGCUGUUCCGCGUGUACUAUCCUACCGACGGCAAUGCCGUUGAAAGGAGCGAGGUGGAGCGGAGUGCGUGGCUGCCGCACGUGGCGUACCUGUAUGGCUACCUCUGCGCCAUUGUCCCGCCCUUCUCACUCCUCACCUCAAUCCUCACCUGGCUGCUCUCCCGCAUCACAUACCUCCUUAUCCGGCCCUACGCGUUGAUCCGCUGCCUUCCGUCUCGUCCCCUCAUCUCCCCCGCGUCCCUGCUCCGCCAACUCACUCAACAAGACGCUGACUCUACCACCCCUGCCAGCACUGACAGCACCAAUGGCAACGGCAGCACCAGCACCAGCAGCCGGCCCAGCACCAGCAGCGGCAUCGGCAGCGAUGUGAGCGGUGAUGGGCGUCUGCCUGUGGUGCUGUUCAGCCACGGGCUCUGGUCCAUGCGCUCUACUUACACUCAGUUCUGCUUCGACCUCGCCUCGCACGGCUACGUGGUGGUGGCUCCUGAGUACACAGACGGAACAGCAUGCAUGGCAGCAGUGACGGAAGGGCAAGAGGAGGAGGGAGGGAAAGGAGGAGUGGGGGUGAAGUGGAUCCCCCACGAGCGCAUGGAUGUGGAGUUCUUUGAAGUGCCCAUGGACGUCAGACACAGGCAGCUGCAGCAACGCAUGGCAGCCCUGCGGUCCACCCUCUCUCUCCUGCACCAAGUGAACAGCGGCCAGGUAGCAGACGCUGACAAUGCUGUCACGGGCGCCACUCGCCUCCGCCCCUCCUCGCUCUCCCACCGCCUCGACCUCUCCCACAUCGUCCUCGCCGGCCAUUCCUUCGGUGGCGCCACGUCAGCGUACCUUGCUGGCGUGGCUGAGCAGCCAAUCAACGGCUUCCACCUGUCGCUGUCGCCAGCAGUGCAGGGGGGGGAUGGUGGGGGCAGGGAUGGCGGCGAUUCGCUGGUGUCACGCGUGUCAUGUGUGGUGGUUCUUGACACGUGGUGGCGACCGUUGCCUGAUGAGGCCCAGGCGUUGGCAGGGGGCAAGGCGGCGCUGCUGUGCAUCGACACCGAGGGGCUGAACGCAGCACGCAACGUGGUCGCCAGAAAGCGGUUCCUGCAGGGGCGCCUGGCGUCGUGGCGAGAGAGAUGGGUGCAGAUUGUGAAGGAGCAGGAGAAGCAGGAGGAGGGGGAGGGGAAGGAGGGAGAGGAGGAGGAGCGGAAGGGGAGUGGGAGGACGGAUGGGGAGAGUGGGAAGGCGGAGAGUGCAACCGAGUUGAUUGUGCUUGUGGGGUCAGCACACCAGGACCCAUCAGACCUGUCGCUCGUGGCUCCUGGGAUGAUGAAAAAAGUCAAGAUGUCGGGGGCCAUCCCACCGCCCAUCUUCCAUCGCAUCAACAGCACUACCUCUGUGCGCUUCCUGCACCAACACUUCCCCCUUGCAAAGAAAUAUCGCCUGCCCGUGCCAUCAGCACUCCCAGAGGACGCAGUGCACGUACAACACGUGGACGUUCCUGAGUACGUCAAGGACUGGGAGAAAAUCGUUGUCAGCCCCUGAAGCACGCUAUGCUACACCACAGGGUGUGCAUGCAUGCAGUGGUUGCAGUAAAGUCAGCACCCAAUGUGCCACACGCGCUAGCCCUGUCAAGAAUAUCAAGCUGGAGAAAGGAAGCGGUGACUCUUGAGGUACAGGCCUUACAAGUUAUAUCUGUUUACUUUAGAGAUUUGCACUUAGUAUAGAAGUUCACAAGGGGGUGGCUAGACAUAAAUUCUAUGGAUAUGUCUACUCGAUCAUUGUUGAGGACCUAAGAGUCCCACUU